AUGGCGGAGGUGGUGGGCCCCGGAGCCCCAGUCUUGCUGCAGCACCAGUACAUCUGCUCAGCCUGCGGCCUGCUCUAUGACACCCUGGAGGAGGUCUUCCUGCACCAGCAGCAGCAUGCCCAGCCUGGCCCCGCCGAGCACUACCCAGCCAGUGGCUCCCUGCCCGAGGACGGCCACUUCCAGUGCUUGGAGUGCUCUGAGCUCCUGCUGUCGCCUGAGGCCCUGCUGGCCCACCAGUACGCCCACACCCAGGAUGCCGACCCCCCCAUCGGCCCCCUUCAGGGCCAGGUCCAGUACCACUGUGGCAACUGCGAGGAGCUCUUCCUGUCUCCUGACCUCUGGCUGGCCCACUGUGAGGCCUGCCCUGCCCCCGACGAGGCAGAGCCGCCACUCCCCUCACCUGCUGCCACGAUGGACCCCUAUGAGUGCCCCGAGUGUGCGCAGCUGCUGGACACCCCCGAGGAGUUCUUGGAGCACCAAGGGACCCACUUUGCCUCUCUUGAGAAGGAAGAGGCCGAUGGAGGAGAGGAGGAGGAAGGGCCCUGCACAGAGGGGUCAGUGGCCGAGGACGAGGGAGCCACCCAUGUCCACCAGUGUGGUGAUGGACAGGGCACCUGGGGAUCAGAGGAGGAGCUACAGCGCCCCCGGCGGGCAGCCCAUGCCCCGGCCACUGCCCUCCAUCACUGUGCCCAGUGCCAACGUGGCUUUAGCUCUGCCAACCGUCUCCUGGCUCACGGCCGGGCCCAUGUUGGGGGCACCCACGAGUGCCCCGCCUGCUCCAAAGUCUUCAAGAAAGCCACCUCCUUGGAGCAGCACCUCCGGCUGCACCGGGGGGAGGCCCGCUACUUGUGUGUGGACUGUGGUCGGGGCUUCGGGACAGAGCUCACGCUGGUUGCCCACCGCCGGGCCCACACGGCCAAUCCCCUCCACCGCUGCCCCUGUGGCAAGACUUUCAGCAACAUGACAAAAUUUCUCUACCACCGGCGGACCCAUGCAGGCAAGAGCGGGGCACCCCCGCCACCACCUCCUGCACCGCCACCACCCCCACUGCCCCCCGCUGCCUUGUCUUGCCCACACUGCACCAAGGCCUUUUCCUCUGCGGCCCGGCUAGCCAGGCACCGGCGGGCUGUGCAUUCCCCACCUGAGCGGCGGCACCACUGUGGGGUCUGCGGGAAAGGCUUUAAGAAGUUGGUUCAUGUGCGCAACCAUCUGCGCACACAUACAGGCGAGCGGCCCUUCCAGUGCCAUGCCUGUGGGAAGACCUUUGCCUCACUAGCCAACCUCAGCCGCCACCACCUGACCCACACAGGGGCUCGUCCCUACCCCUGCCCCGACUGUGGUAAGCGUUUCACCCAGAGUUCCAACCUGCAGCAGCAUCGGCAACUGCAUGGCCGGUCUGCAGCCUUCUCCCGGGCCUCACGCCUCCAGGCUCGUCUGGCCACGGUCCGGAGCCUGUACGGGAAGGGGGCAGCCAGCAGUGGGACUCUGGGCCGGACCAGGCAGCGGCACCCCCAGCAGGGCCACAUGGGGCGGGGUGAGCCCAAAUCCCAGCCCAGACCUGCUGCAGCCCCCAACCCACCAGCCCCAGCCCCACAGCAGACCAUCAUGUGCACAGAGCUGGGUGAGACCAUUGCCAUCAUUGAGACUUCACAGCCCCUUGCUCUAGUGGACACACUGCAACUAUGCCAGGUGGCACUGGGGGCUGGGGGGCUGCAUCUGGGAGGGACAGGUGGGGCUGGGGGCCUGCUACACCUGGAUGCUGCUUUUGUGUGA